UGUGUCCAAACUUUUGGUCUGUACUGCAUAGAAAAAAAAAUCCAUUUAAAAGUGUGUUCCUAUGUUGAGACAGAAAAAGUAGGUUAAAUCUUUUGGAUCAUUUGUGAGGUCUAAAUUGUUUUGACAGGUCUUCAAGAUUUCUCAAUGCUGCAUAUUGCUUUACCCUCAGGAACCUGAAUGUUGUUGAAGAACACUGAUAAUUUGUCACCCACUCCACUCAAAUCAAAAUGUCUGAUCCAACUGAGCCCGUUGUGGGAAGAAUCGGCUUGUCUACUUUGUCUGUUUGUCCACACAGAAAUUUGGAAGGAUUCAGUAGUUUUUACAUAAUUCCUAUCCUCAGAGAUCUCUCCCUGAGAUGAAAAAUGUGUUGCUUUGUUUUUUCAGAAUCUCAAAAAAAAAAAUGAUUUUAAGUAAUGUAUUAAUUCUUCUGGCAACAUUUUACAAACAUAAAUUUAAAUGUAAAAAUAAAACAUCAUAUUUUCCACAAUCCAUUAAAGAUUUUUUUUUUUUUUACAUAAAUCUAAUGUAAUAUUCCACCAACAUAAAUGCUCUCAAAACUAUUAAAAUCUGUAAUUCAUGGCAUAUUUUUAUGUAAUUAACCCCCCUGUUUUUUUUAAGCAGAAAAUGCGUCAAACUCUGAUGACAUCGCGUCAUGUGAUGACAUGUGAUGACAUGUGACAUCAUCUGAUGACAUCACAUGUCAUCAGAUGAUGUCACGUCUCAUCAUAUGAAGUCACAUUGUCGUAUCUGAAAAACUAAUAAAUACACCUGCCUUCUUCUCCAUCUGCCAUUUCAAGAUUUCCAAGUUUGCUUCCUUAAAGAUUAGAUAAGAAAAAAAAUCUCAUCAAAAAUGACCAACAAAGUGUGCAAGCUUUUCAUCGGUGGACUCUGUGUGAACACGAACGACGAUGGGCUGCGCAAGCAUUUUGAGCAGUUCGGCACCCUCACUGACUUCGUUGUCCUUCAAAACAAGAAUGCACAACGAUCUCGCUGUUUUGGCUUUGUGACCUACUCUACACCAGAGGAGGCCAACGCAGCCAUGGCAGCAGCCCCGCACACAGUGGAAGGGAACAGUGUUGAAGUUAAACGAGCUAUUCCAAAAGCAAAGGACAAUAAGUCUGAAGCUUUUGCCAAGGGGGAGAAAAUCUUUGUUGGUGGCUUAAGAAAUGACAUUAAAGAGUCUCACCUCACCGACUACUUCUCUUGGUAUGGUCAAGUCGAAAAGUCUGAAAUCCUCUUAGAGAAGGAGACAGGGAAAAAAAGAGGAUUCGGCUUUGUGCACUUCACGCAUCACAAUUCGGCAGACUUGGCCUUGGUUGUAAAGUACCACACAGUGAAUGGACACUUAGUUGAAGUGAAGAAAGCUGUUGCCAAGCAAGAGAUGCAGGCAGGUAACCGAACGGAAACAACAACAAGACACAGGCCAGGCCCGGGAAUGAUGGAAAACCAAACUGGAUACGGCGGCUUCGGCUUUGGGACCUACUAUACACCGGAGGAGACCAACACAGCCAUGGCAGCAGCGCCGCACACAGUCCAAAGGAACAGUGUCAAAGUUAAAGUAGCUGUUCCUAAAAGAAAGGCCAAUGGGUCUGCAGCUCCUGCCAAGGGAGAGAAAAUCUUUGUUGGUGGCUUGAAAAACAACAUUGAAGAGUAUCACCUCACCGACUACUUUUCUCGGUACGGUCAAGUCGAAAAGUCUGAAAUCCUCUUAGAGAAGGAGACUGGAAAAAAAAGAGGAUUCGGCUUUGUGCACUUCACGCAUCACAAAACGGCAGACUUGGCCUUGGUUGAAAAGUACCACACAGUGAAUGGACACUUAGUUGAAGUGAAGAAAGCUGUUGCCAGGCAAGAGAUGCAGGCAGGUAACAGAACUGAAACAACGCCAAGACACAGGCCAGGCCAAUGCAUGAUGGAAAGCCAAAAUGGCUACUGCGGCUUGGCUUAUGGGGAGUGUUGCUGCCCUUGCCACCUCUCCUACUCGAAAAAUGGCAACAGAGGCUAUUCCUACCCACAAAAUCGUUACAGAGGCAGUGGCUAUUCCUACCAGGAAAAUGAGUAAAAGAAGAUUUAGGCAUAGAGGAACCCCCCUUUUAGGAAUCCACACUUGUAGUGUGUGGAUAUAGUGUAGAGUUGGGAUUUAUAUUGUCUCUGCAUUUUAUUUAGUUUUUAGUUUUUAUUUAUGUUAGAAAAUGUAAUGCAUUAUAUUGUGAGUAGGACAUGCAAAAAGAAGAUUUAAACAUACAGGAACCCCCUUUAGGAAUCCACACUAGUAGUGUGUGGAUAUAGUGUGGGGAUGGGAUUUAGAUUUAAUCUUUUUUUCUUAUUAUUAUUUUAUAUUUUUUUAUGUCUGAAACUUUAUGCCUCAUAUCGUGAGUGAAGAUUAUCAAAAAAUGAAUCUAAGAGAUUAAACAACUCUAUCAAAAUUGGACUUUUUUUUGCAUUUUUAUUUUUAAUUUGUUGUUGAAUUUUUAAAAGUAAUUUAGAGUAAUGUAAAAAGCUAAUUAUGUGAGGCUUCACAGUCAUGAAUUUGUAUUUGUGAACAAAAUGUUUUUGAAAUGCAAAUCAAUGUAUUUAUUAUAUAAAAUAAAUUGUUUAAUGUUGUAUUUUUACCUGUCAACCACUUAAGAAAAGAGGACAAGAACAGUUAACCAUGUAUACAAUCAAAAAACAAAUGUUCUAGAGUUUCAACCUCAUUUUCACAGAAAACAUAAACAAACAAAAUAUGUUUAUCACAAGAGGCACUCAGCCAGAGGAAUUUUUGGAUUAGAAUAAAGGAGUUAUUCUCAAUUUGGGAACCACAUUUAUGACUGAAAACGAUCAGGGGAGAUUGUGACCAGGGAAGUAAUACUUAAAACCACGACAAACAGGAAACCUUCCAAAUAAAACAGGAAGCAGAACUUAAAUCAUGACAGAAACCAAAUGGAAGCAAAAACCAAGGCAAAAAACCCAAACCAAGACACAGAAAUUGUUCUUGUGUUCCUUUGUGCAUUAGUGGGUUCUCUCCGGGUGCUCCGGCUUUCCCUAGAUUCUAAAAAAGACUUUUUUCAAAGUAAAUUAGAGGCUAAGAGCACUACCUUCCCUCGUCCUCACCUCUACGCACCACCCACCCUCACUGUUCGCAUCUACGCCCUUCUCUUUAUGUAAGGCUGUCUGACCUGUAUGUGACUGCAUGUGGCUAAAAGUGUUAGCAUUUCUAUCAGCAUCAUUAACUGUCUGAAAAAAAGGUUUGCUAAAGGUGCAGACAUUUUUCCAACUGUGAAAACAAUACGGUCCUUGCAGUCAGUGACUACUACUGCUAAUAAUAAUAUUAAUAAUUAAAGAUUUAAAAUAUAUUAAAUUGAGUUUAUAAUAAAGUAUUAAUAAUAAUACAUUAUGAUAAAAAUGAAAAAAACAAAAACAUCAGUCACCAAAAUGUAUAGAAAAUUAACCAAAUCAAAAACAGUUUCCCCACAGUAAUUGUUAGCAAUUGGCUAGUGACUGAUAAAUAUCCCCUCCCUGAAUCGCCACCUUAUCGUGGUGGAGGGGUUUGCGUGCCCGAAUGAUCCCAGGAGCCGCUAGCUGGUUGGUGUACCACCUCAAACUGGUCCUGGGAGACGGGCCAGACUAAGAGCGAUUCAGACAAAAUCCUUUUACUUUCU